AUGAGUGAAGACUUCGACCCACGCGAGCCACGCUAUCCCGUGAUCGUCAAGCACCCAACUUUUGACGACAUCAAACAUAACUUUGGCGCUGGUGAUUACACACGAUGGCUUGGCGUCAGUGCUUUAUCCUUCCCUGCCGGCUAUGUAUUCGGACUUAAAUUACACCGCCACGUAGCUGUGCCAUCCAUGGUAGUCACAGGGUUUCUCGGCUCGCUUGGGGGUUUCUUGUGGGCGUACCAGAACUCAUCCUUCCGCCUACAGGGUUAUAAGGCCAAUCCAGUAGAGGUGCAGCAUUACAUCACCAGCAAACAGCAGUAG